AUGAGCACAAGGAAGAGCUGUCCCCUGCCACUGGGGCAAGGAGACUGGGAGGAAAAGCAGAGUAAGGAUACUCCUGACCUGGAGCGACAGGAGUGUGAGGUGGAGCUGAGGAACAAAGCUAUUCUGCAACAGAAGAGGCGCCUUAAACAGGCCACCCAGUUUGUGCACAAGGACUCUGCUGACCUGCUGCCCCUGGAUGGCUUGACAAGGCUUGGCACCUCCAAGGAUUUGCAGCCGCACAGUGUGGUCCAGCGGCGCCUCUUGGAAGACAAUCUGAACAAGCUGCGGGGCGAGACCAGGGUUCAGUCUGCAUGGGUUCAAUCUCCGCUGGCAAAAGACCAGGAUGAAAAGAUGGAAAAGGGAGAGGACAGGAGAAAAGAGACUUCACCCCUGCUAAUACAGUGCCAGUGCCAUGGUCAGGUAUUGAAAGCGACUGUUAACACUGGGUGUCUACCAAAUCUCAUCUCCAAGAGCUGUUUAAACCAGCUGGGGCUGGAAGAAGUAUCUGCCAUGGACUGUGGAGACCUCUCUCUUCCCAUUCCCAGCGUUGUUGGCCGAGUAGAACAUAUGGAGUUGCAAUUUGGCCAGGAGACAGUGCUGUGUUCAGCACUGGUUGUAGAUGAUGAAAUGCUGGAGUUUUGCAUUGGUCUGCAGACUCUGUUGUCUCUCAAGUGUUGCAUCGACUUGGAGGAAGGAGUCCUGAGAUUUAAAGCACUGAGUCAAGAGCUGCCUUUUCUACAUGCCUCUGAAGAGCCUGGUCAGUGA